GACUACAGCACAGGAAAAUCACACACCUAUGGCAUGCCAGCUAACCGUGUAGUCACUGCUUGAUUAUUAGGAGUUACUGUAAAGUAGGUUGUUGGUUACUGAGGACAGGAAUGCCUAGACCCAUAGAUAAAGAAAUCCUCUGCACUGGAUCGUCCAAUCCCUGCUCUCUCUCCACUCGCCAUGACGCGUCAGGACAUGGUACUAAACCGAUUAAGAGAAAAAGAAUUCUCGCCUGCUGACAGCAAGUGAAUAUCAUAGACGGCAGUGUUGACGCUAGAAGGUAGCAAACCAGCAUUUAACACAGCAGCUAUACAGACGGGAUCGUGGUGCUUCCGUCGAAUUUGACUGCUUUUUAGCCUUGGUAGUUGUGCGCGGAUCUGCGGAGUAAAACAACGUCUUGAAAACACAGCAGUCGCAGAAAGUAUCACUCCAUCUUGAUCGCUCCGAGGCAAUUCUGGUGGGAGUUCGGGUUUUCCCUACAAUGUUGGGGUGCAUCCAAAAUCGCGCAAGCAGACAGGACCGUGGAGAUGUGCUGUAGAUUAUGAUGGAAAGAGUUACAUCUCGACAUAGAAGACUCAAAGAAAUGCCAUUCCUGGAUGAUGUACGGAAAUCGGCAAACUGGCCUCUGUUCUUUAGUGUCUGAGAAGCCGCUCUGAUUUUUAUUUUCAGUCUCACAGUGGUUCUUUGUGAGAUGGAGCCUCCUGCAAAAAAUGAAGGCGACGUCUUGCCUGCAUUGAGACCCGACCUGAUUAAAGCGGAGAGAGAAGAAUGGGACUCGUAUGAAACCCAGAAUAACACAGGAAACACAACACAAAAUAAAUGUGACGGGUGGUUCACAAGUGCAGAGGAGGCCCCUGGAACUAGUCUGGAUUAUAACAUAAUAAAAGUUGAGACUGACGAUCUGGAGUACAUUAAGCGUGAACAGCAACACUCAGAUACACUAAUAAAAACAGAGGCUGGUGAAUUGGGCCUCAAGGAACCAGAGCAACAUGUUAUCCACAGACCCGAUGAGUGUUCUGACUCUGCCUCCUAUGCAGUAACACAGAGCGAAUCCACCACGUGGUUUCCUCAGAUCGAGACAGAGACGAAUCAUCAAAUGCAUGAAGCAGUGGCACCGUAUUUUUGCACUGUGUGCACGCAGAGGUUUUAUGAUUUCCAGAGCUUAAAAGAACACCAACAGCUGCACUCGGGAGAAAAACAAUACAUUUGCUCAGAGUGUGGGAAGAGCUUCAAGAAGUCAAAAGCCCUCUUGAGGCAUCAGCGCAUCCACACUGGAGAGAAGCCAUACUCCUGCACAGAGUGUGGAAAGAGUUUUGGCCAAUUGGGAACCUUAAAGACUCAUCAGCGAAUUCAUACCGGAGAGAAACCAUACUCUUGCGUAGACUGCGGGAGGUGUUUCAACCAGUUAGAACAUUUAAAAACACAUUAUCAAAUUCACACGGGAGAAAAACCCUUCACUUGCACGCAGUGUGGAAUGAGUUUUGGUCAGGCGGGGACUUUAAAGAAUCAUCAGCGCAUUCACACGGGAGAGAAACCUUACUGUUGCACUGAGUGCGGAAAGAGUUUUGGGCAGUUGGGCACUUUAAAGACUCAUCAGCGUAUUCACACAGGAGAGAAGCCACACUCUUGCACAGAGUGUGGAAGACGCUUCAAUCAGUUGGAACACUUGAGAACACAUCAGCGAACUCACACAGGAGAGAAACCGUACCCUUGCACCAAAUGUGGGAAAUGCUUCAAUCAGUUAGAGCACUUAAGAACUCAUAAUCGAAUUCACACGGGAGAGAAGCCCUAUUCUUGCACAGUGUGUGGAAAGAGUUUUAGUGCCUUUGGAACAUUUAAAGAACACCAACGAAUUCACACAGGAGAGAAACCGUACGUUUGCACAGAAUGUGGAAAGAGCUUCAGGCAGUUGGAAAGCUUGAUGAGACAUCAGCGAAUUCACACAGGAGAAAAACCAUACUCCUGCAAUGUGUGUGGAAAGAGAUUCAGUCAGUCAGGAAACUUAAAACAUCAUCAGCGAAAUCACAAGAAAGAAUCCACCGAAGCAAAGAGUGUUGUUAGUGCUCAGUAAUCAGAGCUUGGGACCUGAAUCAGCCCUCCUACUUUGCACUUUGCCAUUUUAAUAACAGAUGUAAGAGUUAACUAGUUAUCUUAGUUUAUACAAUACUGUACGAUAAUGUGGGAGACCAAAUACACUUGACCAAGCUUAUAAUCGAAUAACACAAAGUAACUGUUUUAAAGUAGUCCAAUGAAGUUCAUUUUAGA